AAUCUUUAGAGAAGACAUGGUGAUAAAACACAACACCUGAUACAACGAAACAGAGAGUUCCUAAUUGGUUCUCUCUGGUAAUACAAUCCCGUAAAAAAAACUCACAACUGUCUGCUACUAUCUGCUACCAUUUGUACCACAAUCCCUCUACACAAUACCUAUACUACUGUAAUCACACAAAAGAGUAGGAAAUGCACCCACAACAAAUUGUAACUCACGUAACCAUAGAUUGCACACCACUUCAGCAGCUCAUGGUUGUUCCCCAUGGCUUCUUCAGCAUCUCUCCUGCCAAAUAAAAUAUGACAAAGAACACCAAAUUAACCCUAUCAUACGCCCCAACGCACUAUUCCUAAUAGACACUGCUUCCUUAACCCGCGAGUCCCAAGAGCCACUUCCAACCUGCAAUCCCACUUUCGUCAACAAGCCUUUGGAAAAACUGCACUCAAAGAACAUAUGUUCCCUCGUCUCGCUGCCAACACCACACAAGUUGCAAACAUCAUCCUGCACUCGUCCCCAUUUCAACAUUUUUGCUUUCGUAACCAUUACAUCCAGCAUGAUGAUCCAAGAGAUAAAAAUCCAUCUAGGCACAUGAUGCUUUCCCCAAAGAAGUUUGGACCAGUUUACUCUAGUAUUAACAGGUCGCAGGGUUUUCCAGGCCUCACGAACAGAGUAUAACACCAUCCUUUUACCUUGCCAAGUCCCAACCCCAUCCUGCAAUCCCAUUAAAGGCUGGAAUUGAGGAUGAAGUUUCAAUAUUCUGCGCCAAGCCCAAAAACUAGAUGUUGUAAUCGUCAUACACCAAAGAUCUGUUCCUCUGCACCUGUAAGCAACCAUCCAAGCCACCCAUAGGCUCCUGAGCGCAUCAUGAGGAGCCAGAGCAUCCUUGCAGUGCCUGCUCUAUUCCAUGUAAACAAGUAAUAUACGCCCAUACCACCCUCCUUCUUAGGUCUAGCAAUCUUCUCCCAUGCCACCUUUGGCCUUCCAGAUUCCUCUCCUUGCCACAGGAAGUCCGAACAGAUCUUCUGCAACUUUCGAAGAAACUUUUUAGGAAACAGGAACAGCUGGAGUCAAUAUUGAAUCACCCCCAUUAAGACUGAGGAAACUAAUUGUAUUCUCCCUGCAUAAGUCAGUUUCUUUGCAUGCCAUGAUCGUAUUUUCUUGGUUAACUUUUCAAGCAACACCUCGCAAUCUGAAUCCUUCAACUUUCCAGACAGCAAGGGGAGUCCGAGAUACCUAACAGGUAAGGAACCCUCCUUAAAGCCAGAUACAGUUAGAGCAGCUACCUUAUAUGAAUCCAUCUCCAACCAAAUCGACCUAAACAUUAGCAAAACUUAUAUGUAUUUCAUAUUCUCAUGGAUGGUUUCGGAAAUAUUUUACCUACACCAAGGAUCAUUGAUCACUAAUCAGUUUCUUGAAAGGGUGAGAUCCAACCUAUACAACCCCAUGUACACACAUGUGACCUAGCUUUGAGUGUACACUAUAACUUUGACCAAAGUUGAAGAUAAAAACUUCUGGUGAUGAGACAUUGAGGCUUCUAGCUCUUAAUAUUAUGUGGGUUACACCAUGAAUGUUUGUGUAACACACUUGAAGAUGUGUUUUUGUUGCCAAUUCAGUUGUUACAUUGUCACUUCCUUGUAAAACAGACCCUAGUAUUUGUAUUAUCAAGAAAUUUUUUAUGAGGUCUCAUUAACUAUUAUUAACUCUUCCUAACUCAUACCAUUUAAGGACAUCUCGACAGUCGAAAUAUUGUACCUAAUAUAACGAUUUACAAACAUACGUUCUCUCUUACUAGCUUACUACACUGGUUGGUCAACUCCACAAAUACCUUGCUUAGAUAAUUAACUUGCAUCCCCAUAUUGAUUACUAAAAAUCUCAAAGUAAGCAUUCAUUAGGAAGCAUUUGGAGAGAGCAAUUAGUAAGAAUCCCAAAACAAAAUAGUAAUGAUGUAGAAGAACAAAUUGCGCCCCUUUACGAUGGACCUGAUCCCGGUUUGUAAUUAUAGCCAGCCGCGGCCUACGGGCCCUUUGCCAGCGAAAGCCCACCGGCGAGGAAGUGACUGAAAUGAUUUCCCCGUUUUAAUUAAUUAAUUAAAUUUUCACCUUUAUUAUAUUUUCCACUCCAUAAACAUUCGCCAAUCGUCGCCAGUCAGUCCUCCCUGUCGCCGUCGCUCAUCGGUCGGAUAUCUCAUAGCGCCCCCCUUUGUUUUCGUCUCUUCUGUUUCAGUCCUUUCCAGUCUCCACUUCUUCAAUUCUCCCUUUCGCCAAAACGCCGCCCAGAUGGCGAGAUAACGAAUCGUCCCCGCCACAACAAUACUGCACUGAUCGCCGUCUCUUUCAGGUAUGCAUCGCCGGCUCCCUUUCAGCUUUUUUUUUAGAGACCCACUUGUCAUUUACCACUUCUGGUUUCUGGGUUUCCAUUAGUUUUUACAGAGAUUGACCCAUCAUCAAUAUGAUUCCUGAUUUGGGUGUUUACUUUUCCACCCAACCAUCUGCGUCAUCAUUAUGAAAAUUGCAAACCCACUUGAACUAGGAUUCUAGGUUGCCCUCCCUGAAAGCCUCUCUCCCUCUUUUUUCUACUAGGGGUAAUCGCCACUUGAAUUAGUAGAUGUAGAUCUUCAGAGUUGUGGCGAUCAUCCCAAGAAGAAGAAGAAGAGUUUAAGCUCUCGCUUUGAUCUAAUCAUCUUCUUGGGUUGAUGACAGGAGGAGACUCGAGCAGUUCCUUUCUUUUUCUUCUUCGGAAUCCAGUCCCAAGAUGUGGUUACUGAGCAGCCGUAGCUCAACAAAGAAUGAAGAAGCGGGCUGACCUUCACGGCCGAAGUUUAGCAGCCAGUGAGCAGCGGAGUCCGACUUCGUCUGCACCCAUACGAGUCAAUGGCGUGGACGCGUCGACUGAUUUCAGCGCCUCGAUAACGAUACGCGAGCCUCAGCUCGCUCACAAGGUUCCUAGCCCUCAUUCGUCUUGGUGGGGUCGGCCCAGCAAAGACCAUUUCGUCUCGGCUUCUGGGGUGAUUGGAUACUCUUACAAGGAUAUCCAGAAAGCAACACAGAAUUUCACGACGACAGUGGGGCAGGGUUCAUUCGGGGUGGUGUAUAAGGCGGUCCUGAAUUCUGGAGACACUUAUGCUGUGAAAGUCCUUGCCUCGGAUUCCAGGCAGGGGGAGAAGGAGUUCCAGACAGAGGUUUGUCUUCUUGGGAGGCUGCAUCACCGGAAUCUAGUGAAUCUGAUUGGAUACUGUGUAGAUAGGGGGCAACGAAUGCUGAUCUAUGAGUUCAUGAGCAAUGGCAGCCUGGCAAACCUUUUAUACAAUAAUGAUGCAAUCAUUCUGAGCUGGGAAGACAGGGUCCAAAUCGCUCUGGAUAUUUCACAUGGCAUUGAGUAUCUUCAUGAAGGGGCUGUUCCACCUGUUAUACAUCGCGAUUUGAAGUCUGCUAACAUAUUGUUGGACCUAUCAAUGAGAGCUAAGGUGGCUGAUUUCGGUCUGUCCAAGGAAGAUGCAUUUGACGAACAUAACUCCGGCCUCAAGGGAACUUAUGGCUACAUAGACCCAGUGUAUAUAGCAACAAACAGGUUCACUACGAAGAGCGACAUCUACAGUUUUGGUGUUAUCAUCUUUGAACUUAUUACUGGCAUCCAUCCCCAUCAGAACCUCAUGGAAUACAUCAAUCUUGCUGCAAUGAGUUCAGAUGGGGUCGAUGAAAUAAUCGACGAGAAACUUGCGGGUAAAUGCGAGAUUCAAGAGGUGAGGGAGCUAGCAAAAAUUGGUCACAGAUGCUUGCAUAAAUUCCAAAGAAAGCGGCCAACAAUAGGUGAAGUUUCACAGGGUAUAUUGAAGAUAAGACAGCGUCGCCAUGUCAGGCAAGAUACCAUGUCCACACAAGCAAGUUUCUCCAGAGUUCUAAGCAGGAUACAGAGUCAACAUAUAGAAUUGAGUAGAAUAGCCAGCAUGAAAGAGGGUGAUCCAUAGUCUUAACUUUUUCCUAGAUUUUUUUUCUUGUGGCUUUCCUUCUCUUCUCCCACUUCUUUUCUGGUUUUCCCAAAAUUUUGUGCUAUUUCAAGGUCUCACUUAUUUACUUCAUAACUGAGGCCAGACAGAGUAUAUACUAUACCCUCUACUCAUUUUUGCUAACUCAUUGAAAGUUUCAUCGUGUUCAAAUUUAAGAAUACAAAAUGUCUAUAUCAGUACUAUGACUUGAUUUCCUUUCUUUUACCCCUACAAUUUGUUGGUUGCUGGGAUAUUAUCACAUCCAAUAAACUGGGUUCAUAUGA